CUGUUUAAACCAAAUGAAGUUCAGGGGCUUCAUCUGUGCUGGCUGAGCAGGCAAUGUGGUUUCUUUUUUAUUAUAAACUUGGCAAUGUUGCUAAAUUUAUUAGAGGGGAAGAGGAAUAAGCCUUUUUAUUUUUAAGCUAUGACGCGUCAUCGGAAUGCCACAAAAGUGAAACUGGACUUUGAUGCUGAUCAUUAAAUUCCAAACAAAAAUACCAAAAAGUGUAAUAAUUUAGGUUUAUACUGUAUGAAAACUCAGAAGAGUCGACACUUUGAGUGAAUCUAAUUGUGCGCAUUUACACUGGAGUGUUGGUGUAAGUUUAAUCGAUGUUAUUGACAAACUUAAUGGGAUUUUCUGACUUUUAGAAGCAAUUCCCACUGGACAGCAAUUGGACAUAGAUGGGGGAUAUUCUGCUUUCCCUUCCUGAAAUUCAUUUUUGGAUAUCUCUGAAUCCUCCAUCUACAAUUGUCAGAAAUGCAAACGUUACUUAGAAAUUUUGUUUGAAUUUGGUGUUUGGGACAGAAUGUACAUUUCUACCUUGAAAAGCACCUGCAACACAACAUAAUAUACACAAUAUAACAUGGUAGAUUUUUUUUCUACUUAAAUGUUAAUGAGCAAAAAACUAAAGUAAAUGACUGAACAAAUAACACACAUUUUCUCUCCUCAAGUCUGUGAGAGAUCUAUAUUUGUGAGGUCAGUUAAUUAUUGCAGGAUUUACAGCCUACAGAUUUACAGCCUACAAACAGGUUUUUUCAGAAUGAUAAAAAAACAAACCCUCCUGAAACCUAAGAGGGCGGGAUGAGGGUCCAGAAUUGAAACCCAGCAGCUUCAGUUCAUUCAUUCCGCUGUUUCCCGUCUCUAACAUGCCACCGGAUUCUUCCGCCGCCAACAAAGUCACUGAUUACGAGGCGGCGACCUCCUUCCUGGGAGAAUGGGGAGCUUUCCAGCGGCGGGUCUUUUUCCUCCUCAGCCUGAGCGUCGUCCCUAAUGGACUCACCGCCUUCUCCAUCGUGUUUCUGGCCGACACGCCGGAUCACCGCUGCGCGCUGCCCGCGCACCUGAACCUCAGCGCGGCGUGGAGGAACAGCAGCAUCCCGCUGGAGGAGGAUGCGAUCCGGGACGGCGCUUUGGUGCCCAGCAAGUGCUCCAGAUACAAAGUGGAGAAUUUGUUGAAAUACUCGGAGAGAGGUUUGCUACCAUUAGACGUUAAUCUGUCUAAUGUGCCCAAAGAAAGCUGCCUGGACGGAUGGGAGUUUGACCACAGCGUGUACACAUCUACUAUUGUCUCUGAGUGGAACCUAGUGUGUGAUGAAAGUUGGAAGAGCCCACUGACGUCUUCCAUCUUCUUCUGUGGUGUUUUCACUGGCUCUUUAAUUUCUGGACAGCUCUCUGACAGGUUUGGGAGGAAAAUCGUGAUGUUUGCCACCAUAGCCCUGCAGGCGGUUUCCAGAUUCAUUCAAGUGUUCUCUCCAAGCUGGAUGGUUUUCUGUGCUUUGUAUUUUAUCAUGGGGAUGGGCCAAGUUUCAAAUUAUAUUGUUGCAUUUGUUUUAGGAAUGGAGGUUCUGGGCCCUCGUACCCGGACAGUUUUCUCCACGGCUGCGGUCAGUCUGUUCUUUGGUGUGGGCUACAUGCUUCUGCCGCUGUUUGCGUUCUUCAUCACUGACUGGCGGAUGCUGCUGCUGGCCCUGAUGCUACCCAGCGGCCUGUGUCUGCCUCUCUGGUGGUUCAUUCCAGAGUCUCCUCGAUGGUUGCUCUCUCAAGGAAGAACAGAAGAAGCCGAGGCCAUACUGAGAAAUGCAGCUGAAAUGAACAACAUUGAGCCUCCAACAGUCAUCUUUAGCUCUUUACAGAACAGAGUGAAGACUGAGGAGAGGAGGCCCUGCAACAUCUGUGACCUGCUCCGUUCUCCAAACAUCCGCUGGAUCUCGAUCACGCUGUGGGUGAUCUGGAACACCAUCACCAUCGCCUACUUUGCCCUUUCCCUGAACACGGCGAACCUCAACGGAAACGCCUACUUCAACUGCUUCCUGUCCGCCCUGAUGGAGAUGCCAGCCUACAUUCUGUCCUGGGUUAUGUUUCGCUGGUGCUCCAGACGAAUGAGUGUUUUCUCAUCACUCUCCUCAGGAGGGUUGUUUCUACUCAUCAUACAGCUCGUACCAGCACACUUAGCUGCUCUGUCCAUAACGUUUGAGAUGUUGGGGAAGUUUGCGGUGUCCACUGCCUUUGCCGUUGUGUACGCCUACACAGCAGAGCUGUACCCCACUGUGCUGAGGAACACGGCUGUCGGCGCCUGCUCCAUGGCCUCCAGGAUAGGCAGCAUUAUUGCUCCAUUUUUCAUCUAUUUACGAACCUAUUCGGUCUCCCUGCCUUACAUCCUAAUGGGAAGCCUGACCGCUGUGGCGGGGUUGCUGAGCCUCCUGCUGCCUGAGAGCUUUGGAAUGCCGCUGCCGGACACAAUCAGUCACAUGCAGCAGUUUCCUGGAUGUUGUCAAAAGACACCAAACACUAAAGAUGAGGAAAAAGCUGCAGAAGAAAAGUCUCUGGUCAGAAGGAGCAGCCCUCAAAUCAAUCAGCAGCCAUGAAGUCCAGGAGUGCAGAAAUGAAAAAUUCCAUCUGAUGUGGGAAACCAAACAGAAAAACAUUUUAAAUGAUUCUUUGUCCAACAUUUCCAUGAACACCAUUAACAUACCGUACCAAUACCUGCACCGUUCUACUGUGCAUCACUGUUACCAUUAAUACAACUUCAGCCACAGUCGAUAGUGCUGAUAAACUGAAAAUGAUGUAGCAGAAUAAAAAGUUUAUAAAGUAAAGUUACUCAAAUACAGGUUAGUCUUUACCUUAAAUUUUGGUUUUACAUCCAACACUGUGAAAUUGUCAGAUUGUCAUCAUCUUGGUCUUAAGUCCUUGUGAAAAAAUGUGAAAAUGUGAGAAUUUGAUGAGUCAAACAAUGAUGACUAGGUGACUGGGUCGGCGCGUUGUUGUGGGGCGUCAGAAACGGUCCAAAGAAGAAACAUUGAAUUGACCAGGGAGACUGAAGGCGAUCCAAUAUUCAAGCUGCUGGAUUUAUGUUGAGCACUAAAAUUACUCCAAUAAAAUUUGCAUUACUCAUUUUAAAACCUUUGAGUCUGCUGUUCACCAGGUUUUAAAGGCAGAGGAUUAUUUUAAGACCGAAAGGCUUUAAUCUACGUUACCGCCAGAGGGC